AUGAUGCUGAGCAAUAGCAGUAAUGAAGGCAUGCAAAUGGGGGAGAAUGUUUCAUCAAGUAGUUUUGGAGAGGUUGAUUUAUCCUCCCUAAACGAAGAGCAACAACAAUUGCUUGCCAAAGAACUCAUCAGAAAUACACCGGAAUAUAAAGCAGCAUGGGAGUUGGAGCUUUGGAAGAAGCGAGAAAAACAAGUGUUCAAAAAACAAUUGGAACAAAAAGAACAGAUGCAUCUUCAGAAGGUGGAAGCAGCCCUGAGGGAGGAAUACUCAAAAAAGGACAAACAAUUAACAGAUCAAAGGGAGAUGUUAAAACAAAAAGAAAUGAAGUAUACACAAGCUUUGGAGGAUAUGGAAAAGAGGGAAAAACAACUCAUACAAGUCGAGCAAGAACUAAGAAGAAGGAAAACAGAGCUUGAAAGUGAUUACGCUCGAAAAUUAGAACAUAUGGAACAUGUGAUCAAGAUGGAAAAGGAAUCUUUCCAGCAUCGAUUACAACUUGAAACGAUCAAAAAUCAGGAGUUACAGAAACGAAUUGAUCAACAGCUGUCACACGAUGUUAUGGAGCUGAAUGAAAAAAUUACCAAACUCCAAGUUGAAAAUGAAUCUUUGGAAUCAAAACUUCAUGAAACAACAAACUCCAAGCAAAGCUACAAGCUGCAAUGGAAAAAGGUGACAGAGGAGUUACAGAGAGCCAAAAAGAAACAUGAGGCUGAACUAAGGAAGCUUCAUCAGCAAGUCAUGGCCUUACAUCAACUUCAACAACAAGUCACCCCAUCCGUUAAUCCUACAUCUCCCUUUCAAUAUCCUUCUGCCUACACUACUAACCCUGUAUAUUACGACUCCAACCUGCUUAAUCACCAUCCUUUGGGAUCAACGCCGCCAAGGAUAUCCUCUGAGAAACAUGAAGAUGAAGUCAAUACUCUCAAAACGCUGAUAUCUGAUUUAAUCAAAAAGGAAGAGCGAGAUCAGAAAAAACAAGACAAACAACUCAACACUUCCUCCUCAAGUUCUUCUUCUGGCGAAGAUUCUAGAAACUCCUCUCCGUCGCCUCCAAGAAAGAAAAGAGAAGUGUCCUCAUCAAAAAAGACAAGGUCAACACCACAAGAUUCAUCUCCUUUGUUGGAUGGCUCCUACGAACAAGCAGAUAAGGACAAUAAUAAUGAAACGCAAGAUAUUUCAUUGGAUGCACAGACUUUUUCAAACUCGUCACCGUCCAAUCCAUUUAAAGAAGAUUCGAGAAGUAAGGAAGUGAAUCGUUUACUAAGGGAAAAAGCAAGACUGUUAAAAUCAGGAAUAUACAAUGAGAACAGUGAUAUAAUUUUGGAGAUUGAUAAGAAAAUUCAAUCGCUGUAA